AUGGCAAUGCUGUUCACUCCCAUUGCGGCUGCAUCACUGCUAGCGGUGGUGGGCACACAGCCGACGGGUGUGUUCGCUCAAGAUGCCGAGGGUUGGUACAAGGCUCAUCCCGGAAUGUCGCGCAUCAAGGAUGUGAAUCAAGACACACAUCAGAUCGUCGAUGAAUUUGGCCGUACGCGGUUCUUCCACGGAACCAAUGUCGUUAUGAAGGAACCACCAUGGCAUCGGCCCUUGGAGUGGGUGCCCGGUGUCUCCUCGUUUGGCGAGCAAGAUGUCCAAAAUCUGCACGACUUGGGUCUGAACAUUGUCCGGUUGGGCCACAGCUGGGCUGGAGCAGAGCCUGUGCGUGGGGAGUACAACCAGACAUUUCUGGAUAUUAUGAAAAAGCAGACUAAGAUGGCGGAGGACCAUGGACUUUACGUUUUGGUGGACGUGCAUCAGGACUGCCUGGCGCGGCAAUUUUGCGGGAACGGUGUACCCGACUGGUUUGCCAAGAAAGAUUGGGUAUCGAGUGGCAAGAUGUAUCCGUUUCCCCUCAAAACGACGCCGUUCCCGGUGGAUGAAAACGGCUUCCGUUCGCCACAGUCGCUUUGCGGUUCGGUCGACUGGGCUCUGAGCUACACGUCGGUGGCGCUGGGCAAUGCGUUUGGGCGGUUAUAUAACAAUUACGACGGGCUGGGCGAUGCGUUCGCAGCGUACUGGAAAAAGCUGGCGUCCGAGUAUGGCAAGACGACCAAUGUGGUCGGGUAUAACCUGCUGAACGAGCCAUGGGUGGGCGACACAUGGGCCGAUCCGACACUGCUAGUGCCAGGUGUUGCCGACCACAAGGUCCUAGAAGGGCUCUGGAACCGCGCGGCCAAGCAGAUCCGUACCGUCGACAAUGACACACUCAUCUGGUUCGAAGGCGCAACGCUGGACGUCCUGUCCGGCUUCAACAACGUCCCGCUUGGGGACGGCUCUAAGUCGGUGCACUCGUUCCACUACUACAACCCGCCGCAACUGGGCUCCAUUUCCACCACGCUCAGCAACCGCCACAAGGACAACGAGCGCCUGAGGACCGCCGGGGUGCUGACCGAGCUCACGUUCUGGAUGGGUGAUGAGAAGCAGAUGCAGGGCCUCGCAGAUGCCAUGUCGGCGACCGAUGCCAAUAUGGUUUCCUGGAUCGGUUGGGCGUACGAGAACCUGUACAACGGCACAUCUGGUCAGCCCUAUCCUGAGCUGGCCAAGCACUACAGCCGUUCAUACCCAGCUGCCGUCGCCGGCACUCCCAAAAGCUUCAGCUUUGCUGACAGCUCGGCCACCUUCAAGCUGCAGUUCACAUCGGAUCCCAAUAUCCAAGCGCCCACCGAAAUUAUCCUGCCCCCAUCCACAUUUCCCAACGGCUAUAGCGUCCAGGUCUCUCCCGAUGGUAGCGUGCUGCAGUACGCCGUUGACAAGCGUACUCUAGCCUUCUUCACAUCGACCAGUAUCAAGAACGCCACGGACAUCACUAUCACAAUCACUCGUAAAUAA